ACGUAAUCGCCGAUCACAGAACCACCGUAGACUCAGUGAGGGAUCAGGAAGCGGCACGAAUUAGAAGGUUGGCUGUCGCUUGUUUUGGUGAUAAUGGCGGCUGCGGAUCGCUAUCCCCGCUCCUCCAUCGAGGAUGACUUCAACUACGGGAGCAAUGUGGCUUCAGCCAGUAUCCAGAUCCGUAUGGAUUUCCUCCGGAAGGUCUACACUAUACUGACACUGCAAGUUCUGUUGACCACCAUCACAGCUGGAAUAUUCCUUUAUUUUGAUACUAUCCGGACAUUUGUCCAUGAGAGCCCUGUUUUGCUUAUGAUAUCUGCCCUUGGGUCCUUGGGUACAAUCAUUGCCCUGACAGUUUACAGACAUCAACAUCCAGUGAACCUCUAUCUGCUGUUUGGAUUUACCAUCUUAGAAGCAGUAACAGUUGGUAUUUCAGUGACAUUCUAUGACGUGGCUGUGGUUCUUCAGGCUUUUAUUCUUACAACCGCUGUCUUCCUUGGUCUCACUGCAUUUACAUUCCAGUCAAAGAGAGACUUUAGCAAGCUUGGAGCUGGGCUGUUUGCUGGCUUGUGGAUCUUGAUCAUUGCUGGAUUUCUAAGGUUUUUCUUUUAUAGUGAGACUAUUGAAAUAGUUAUGGCUGCUGGUGGUGCAUUGCUAUUCUGUGGAUUCAUCAUUUAUGAUACACAUCUGCUGAUGCACAAACUCUCUCCUGAGGAGCACAUCUUGGCUGCUAUCAACCUCUAUCUUGACAUCAUCAAUCUCUUCUUACAUCUGCUUCGCCUACUAGAGGCAAUUAAUAAGAAAUAAGCCACAGUAUUGUGUAAUAAAGUCUUGACCAGUGGUGUUGUUGUUUUGUUCCACAGAAGUAUUUCUUUGCACAAUUUCAAGUGUUGACAUGUCAAAUGUUUUGAUCGGUAGGGGUCUGGAUGCUGAGACCCCCACCGACCGUUAAAAUAAACUGGGAGAAGCGCUGAGCUGUGUUUUGCUUGUCCCUGCUGCCUCCUCACUUCAUGACACAGACUUUGCAGAAAGUUUAUGGGCCUGUCUCUUGCGACGAGGAGAGAGAAGCAGAGGGAUGUACUCAGCUGAGUGCUUCACCUGUUUGUUUUAGUGAUGGGGGGUGGUCUCCGCACCUAGACCCAGGACAUCUCAGUGACAUGUCAAAAAGUUUUUAAGUUGUUUACUUUUGUUGUCUUUCUCUUUACUUUGUUGUUUAAGAUCUUUACAAAUUUUAUGGGCAACGUUGCACACCUUUUUCUAAAUUAGAAUUGCAUGUAUUAAAGGAGUAGUCCAGUGGUGACCCAGUGGUGAACAACUUAUCCCCUAUCCUAAGGAUAGGGGAUAAGUUUGAGAUCACGGGGGGUCCGACCGCUGGGGCCCCUGCGAUCUCCUGUACGGAGCCCCGACAGCCCGCGGGAAGGGGGCGUGUCGACCUCCGCACGAAGCAGCGGCCGACACGCCCCCUCAAUACAACUUUAUGGCAGAGCCGAAGCGCUGCCUUCGGCAAUCUCCGGCUCUGCCAUAGAGAUGUAUUGAGGGGGCGUGUCAGCCGCUGCUUCGUGCGGGUGUCAACACCCGCUAUCUGGCCGGAGAGCCUGGCCCCCGUACAGAGAGAUCGCAGGGGGCCCCAGCGGUCGGACCCCCUGCAAUCUCAAACUUAUCCCCUAUCCUUAGGAUAGGGGAUCAGUUUUUCACCACUGGACUACCCCUUUAAAUAAAAUGUUUUUAAAUUAGAUUUAUUUUAUUAUUUUUUUAAAUGUGGACCAUUUGUUGCAGAUGGCAUAUCUUACAAUAUAAUACGAGCUGCUGAAUGCUGUCUAGUGCUCAUUUUAUGAGACCAACUCGUUGACAGCUCAGUAUGCAGUCCCUCUGUCUGCUCUCCUGAACGUAAGGUCUUUUUACAAUAACGUAGAAACGAAGGCAAUCAGGCACUGCUGCACUUCGCUAGCCAAAGGGUUAAACUCCCUACACACUGGAUACACAGAAGGAACCUCCUUGAGGGUGCAGACCAGGUUUGGAUAAACAGUAUAACUUCAAUGCAAAAGAGCAAUAAGUCACACUCACCCGAUUGUAGUGAAGUUCAGAUUCAAUGCUUUAUUCUAAACAUGCGUGCAGAUGUACAGUAAAGCACGUGGGGAGGGAGACCCUCUCAAACACUGGGGUAUACCACAGAAGGCUACUAGUUUCACAUCAUGGAGACGCUUCGAAGAAGCGUCUCCAUGAUGUGAAACUAGUAGCCUUCUGUGGUAUACUACCUUCUGAAGAAGCGUCUCCAUGAUGUGAAACUAGUAGCCUUCUGUGGUAUACCCCUGUGUCUGAGAGUGUCUCCUCUCUUUCACCACGUGAUUUUUACUGUACAUCUGCACGCAUGUUUUGAAUAAAGCAUUGAAUCUGAACUUCACUACAAUCGGGUGAGUGCGACUUAUUGCUCUUUUGCAUUGAAGGCCUUUUUACACUGGCCGAUUAUUCGGCAAAUGAUUGUUCCAAGAAUGUGUAUAAAAUGGUCAGAGAUCAGCCGAUUCCUCGGCUGAUCGAAUCUUUUAUGUGGCCUUGUAAAGUAUCGUUGCCGGCUGCACAUCACCAUGUGUAAACAGCAGAUGUGCAGCGAUCAGUGAUGAAUUUAAUGGGCCACAGAAACAAUACAACAAUCGUUCCUACAACCCAACCGUGUGAUUGAUCAAGCCAUGUGAAUGCUCUGUAGACAAGUGCAAAUCAGUAAGAUCGGCGCUUGUUGUCAGCCCGUGUAAAAGGGCCCUUAUUCUAGGCUGGCAUCUUUAUAGUCCAAGUAUAAAGAUAGUUGCUGGAUAGCAGAGAUGACGGAUAAAAUUCAGGAUAGUAGAGAGAGGGACUGCAGACUGAGCAGAAUACUGUCUAAUAAAAUGAAUAAAUGGUCUGCAAUUUUUAAAGAAAACCAAUUGUUAGUAUGAUUUACUUAAUGAAAUCCAUUCAAUAAAAAAUGUCUGCAACAGUGUUCAUAGCGGUCUGUAAUUCUAUAACGAAAUGAAAAGGAUAAUAUAUAUUUUUCCAGCAACUUGUAUGUCUAUAUGAUUUAUUCUUGUUUACAAUUAUUACAUUAAAAGAUUCGGUCUAAUGUGA